GCGCUCGGCCUCGCGUCGCUCGCGCUGGGGCGGCAGCACCUGCGCGAGCUGCUGCUUUGGGCCGGCGGGCUGGACGGCGCGGCCGGGCUGCUGCUCUUCACCGUGGGCUUCAUCGUGGUCUCGCUGCCCUGCGGCUGGGGCUACAUCCUGCUCAACGUGGCCGCCGGCUACCUGUACGGCUUCGUGCUGGGCAUGGGGCUCAUGGUGCUGGGCGUGCUGGUGGGCACGUGCGUGGCGCACGUGGCCUGCAAGCGGCUGCUGGCGCGCUGGGCGCUCGCCUGGGUGCAGCGCAGCGAGAAGCUCAGCGCCGUCGUGCGCGUCGUCGAGGGCGCCAGCGGCCUCAAGGUGGUGGCCCUGGCGCGGCUGACGCCGGUGCCCUUCGGGCUGCAGAACGCCGUGUUCGCGAUUACAGAUUUGUCGCUCCCCAACUACCUGAUGGCUUCUUCAGUUGGGCUGCUUCCUACCCAGCUCCUCAACUCCUACUUGGGCACCACCCUGCGUACGAUGGAGGACGUGAUUGCAGAGCAAAGUGUGAGCGGAUAUUUUAUAUUCAGUUUGCAGAUUGUCAUAAGCAUAGGACUCAUGUUUUAUGUUGUUCACCGAGCUCAAGUGGAGCUGAAUGCAGCUAUCGUGGCGUGYGAGAUGGAAAUGAAGACGUCCCUUGUUACAGGCAGCCAACCCAGCAUCAGUGGUUCAACCACAUCGUGCAACAAGAGGACAGUAGCAUUUGCUGGGGGAGGGAUCAAUAUUGUGUGAUUUUUGUUUUUUUUU